UCCAAUGCCUGGAUUCCUGCCACAGAUAAUAACAACAAUGACUUCCUGCAGAUCGAUCUGGGAUCUGUUUACUUUGUUUGUGGAGUAGCAACACAAGGAAAUCCAAAUAAUGAUCAUUGGACAAAAACAUACAAGAUAGAGGCGUCCCUGGAUAAUGACGUGUGGGCAUUCUACUCUGAGGGUGGUUCCGAAAAGGUACAUCCCUUUCUACUCUAGGUGAAGUAAUAGCGAAAUUAUAAUCGUAGAGACACUAAGUGAUAAAGGAUUGUGUUUACCUCUUAGCCACUUCAAACCAGGAAUUCAGAUGAAAUCGUUUUCGUCCCCUUUCUCUCCCUUCCAUUCGCUGUCCUCUCUCUUCUCUCGUCUUCACCGUCUUUAGUUUCCUCCUCCUUUUCUUCCUGCCUCCUGCCUUGCUUCUUUUCCCCCUUGUUACUACAGUCUUCAGUCCUUGGUCUCUUGCUGUUUACAUAGGAAACGUUAGGGAAAUAAGUAGUAAAAUGUAAGAGAAGCUGACAUAUAUCGGAUGUGGUUUUCCUUUUAAUAUCCUUCGACAUUUUUGUUCUGCCGGCUAGAGUCAUCGUCAACGUAGUUGCAAUCCUCAUAAAUAUCGUUUGUUUAUAUGUUCUUGUUUCUCCUGGUAACCGUGAGCGGGUAGGGUUAGACGUAGGCUACGUUAAAAAGGCACCAGACGAAUUUUCGACCGGUCGAAAAAUUUGACCGGAGACGGAACCGUUCAAUAUAUUCGCCCUCUUGACACAGAACUUACAAACCAGUUGCAGAAUUUUAAUUAUUUUCAGUUGUUUUUCCAUCUACCCAUGUGCAUAGCACUACUUCACGUGAAAUCCAGUAUGGCGUCCCCCAGCUGAGUUACCACGCAGUCAUGCAACCACGCUGUUGCUACAAAAAAAUUUAGAUGGUGUUCACACCUCUUAAUUUUUCUCAUUUCAAAUGUUUGAACGGCUAGGCGUUCAAAUUUUCGUACGGUUUGCGUGUUUCCGUGCGAAUGAAACACCUAAACACACGAAUUUGUUUUUCGUCAGCAUUUUAUAGAAAUUUUUGUUAAUUUGCUUUUAGAUAUUUACUGGAAAUGAUGACAAGAACAGCAUUGUAAGAAGUGAACUAUAUGAGCCACUUGCUGCCAAGUUUAUUCGUUUUUAUCCAGUUACAUUUGACAGCAGCAAAGCAUUAAGGGUGGAGGUGUAUAGAUCUAAGCAAGGUUGGUCUCUUAGUAUACUUACCCAAUACAUGCAGUUCAAAAGACAGCCACAGCAUUAAAAAAUGCACUUUGAUUGUCAUUGUAUUUAGCUUAAAAGUACUAAUUGGGGAGACUAUUAUUUACGUCUGCUACUGGAGACGUCACCGCCAUUUUACAAGGUCAUCUGAGCCACGCGAAGGUCUGCCCGUUUGCAGGGUAAAGGAAGUACCUUCAUUUCUCAGUUAUUUUGAGACCCUGAGUAUUGGUCCGGCCUCGGGGAUCUAACCCGCGACUUUCCUCUCUGCAGCCGAACGCACUACCGACUUAGCUAACCCUGCCGCUAAAUUCUGGUUUGUACAUAAGAUGCAAGGAAACUGACUUACCAGUUGGUUCAGUGCUCAGUUUUAAAAGGGAGCUUAAGCAUGCAACCACGACGGCGGUGACAUCAAAAACCUCACUUAACAAACAAAAAACAAACAACAACAAAUUUUAUUGAAAAUUGGAAAAUAACUAAUUACAUUACUUUCCCACCCGCAAAUAGCUUAUGAACUAAUCGAGGCGGGGGGAGCUGAAGACAUAUUACAAAACAAGAAUUAUAUAUAGAUGGACUAAAUAACAGUGAAGACACUACAAUACAGUAAAUAGAGUUUAAACUAACAUAAAACAAGGCAUGUACAUAACGAUUACGAAGAGAGGUUAACCUAAAGUAUUAAAUAACUUAAUAAGACGGGAGACUUCGACAUAAUCAUCUUCUGACCGCAAAAAAAUUUAGUAAUAAUUCCUUUAUUUUUUACGAAAGGACGAACGUUUAAAAAGCAUCUGCGCUCUGUCAAACUUUAUCGCUUUUGAUUCAUCACGCUAAAGUUGUCAAAUGUUAGAGAUUUUUCUGGGAGUUGUGUUCUAAAAUUUAGUAUCACAGUUUUUAAAAAAAGAAAAGGAAAAUCGUUGUCUUGCGUUGACAUUCUCCAUGAUACGUCAAGUUAAGAAGUUUCACGUCAUUGUCAUGCAGUGACCGCAACGAAAUGUGCAAAAAUACUUAAUGCUCGUGCAAAGUUGUUGUUUUUCACACGUAUCCGGUUUUGUUUGAAAACGGAUAUUUUUUUCUCCGGUUAAGCCUACCUUCCACACUCACUAAUGCAGUGAAAAAUGAUCACCGAAAAUGCACCUUUUCAACAACGCUCUUUAGAGUGGAGAUUUUUGAAAACGUCGGCUUUUCUUUUACGUGUGGACGGACGAAAACGGUUUCGAAUUCGGAAUACGAUGAUGUCACACAUCAUAUACUUCCAGCAUAACGCAUGCUCAAUA